AAACAGCACCGCUAUUUACAACGAAACUAAUUUUCACGAGAAUCACGACAAUACCUGCUGCACGUGCCUAUUUUAUUGGGUUUGUUUUCUUUUUUAAUUAAAUAUCAAAUCUUUUAUUUUCAAUACGCGCGAUUUACUCCCAUUUUCCUUAUAGUUGCCGCGCUGAAUCUUGGCACAUACCAGUUUCAUUUCUUCAAUUUCAACUGUCCCCUUCCAUUGUUGCUUCAUAUUCUCUGCUUAAACUCAGUGGUUCCAUCGCCUAAACCUAAACCACCACCUCUCAAGCAAAAGUUUCUAUUUUGUUUACAUUUCAACUUCAACUGGAUUAACAAUGCAAGAAAUAUCUAAAUCACCAUCUCGUGAAGGAGAAAACAAAGAAUCUGAAAUUUAUGAUGAUAAGUUAGAUUCAAAUAUUGUUUGCGAAGAAGAAGCACCUAGGACUGCAAUGACAUUUAGUUCUGAAGAGGAAGUUACCUUGUAUUAUAUGAAUUAUGCUCGACAUAUGGGUUUUGGAAUUAGUAAAAUAAGUUCGAAAAAUGGAGAUGAAGGAAAAAAAUAUUUUACUUUAGCAUGUAGUCGUGCAGGAAAGUAUGUGAGCAAUCCCAAGAAUGUUUUGAAACCAAAUCCUAUCACUAAAACACAAUGUAAGGCAAGACUGAAUGCAUGUAUAUGCUCGGAUGGAACAGUUGUUGUUUCAAGUGUUAUUCUUGAGCAUAAUCAUGAACUUAGUCCAACCAAAGCACGGUAUUUUAGAUGCAACAAGAAUUUGGGGUCUCAUAUAAAAAGGAGAUUAGAACUUAAUGACCAGGCAGGAAUCAAUGUGAGCAGAAAUUUUAGGUCUCUGGUUGUUGAAGCAAAUGGGUACGAGAAUCUAACAUUUGGAGAAAGAGAUUGUCGAAAUUAUAUAGAUAAGGUAAGACGUCUACGACUUGGGACAGGAGACGCUGAUGCAGUACAAAACUAUUUUAUUAGAAUGCAAAAGCAAAAUAAUCAGUUUUAUUAUGUAAUGGAUUUCGAUGAUGAAAGUCGUUUGAGAAAUGUAUUCUGGGCAGAUGCGAGAAGUAGGGCUGCAUAUGAAUAUUUUGGUGAAGCUGUAACCUUUGACACCACUUAUUUAACAAACAGAUAUGACAUGCCUUUUGCUCCUUUUGUUGGAGUAAAUCAUCACGGUCAAUCUGUGUUGUUGGGUUGUGCGCUAUUAUCAAAUGAGGAUGCUAAAACUUUUACUUGGUUGUUUACAACGUGGCUAGAGUGCAUGCAUCAACGUGCACCAAAUGCCAUUAUUACUGACCAGGAUAAAGCAAUGAAAAAUGCAAUUGAAAUUGUCUUUCCAAAAGCUCAUCAUCGAUGGUGUUUAUGGCAUAUAAUGAAAAAGAUUCCAGAAAAGUUUGGCAGGCACACAUAUUAUGAGUCUAUUAAAACACUUUUGCAUGAUGUUGUUUAUGAUUCAUUGAGUAAAAGUGUUUUCAUGGAGAAAUGGGAAAGAAUGGUUGAAUCUUAUGAACUACAUGAUAAUGAAUGGUUGAAAGGGUUAUUUGAUGAGCGGCACCGUUGGGUUCCUGUGUAUGUGAAGGACACAUUUUGGGCCGGGAUGUCAACCACACAAAGAAGUGAAAGCAUGAACUCAUUUUUUGAUGGGUAUGUAAACUCAAAGACAUCACUGAAGCAAUUUGUGGAGCAAUAUGACAAUGCAUUAAAAGAUAAGAUUGAAAAGGAAAGCACUGCUGAUUUCAAUUCAUUUAAUAAAGUAAUUCCAUGUUUAAGUCAUUUUGGCUUUGAGUCUCAAUUUCAAAAAGCAUUUACUAAUGCAAAAUUUAAAGAAUUUCAACUAGAGGUUCCUGCUAUGAUGUAUUGAAGCUAUUUUCAAUACAUUUAACAUUGAAAUAUAACAAAUGUAAACAUAAUCAAAUUUUGUGCAACACAUGAACAAUUAGUUGCAGCACAUACAACAACAUUGUGCAACUAUUCCUAUACACUUUAGCCUAUAUUGCCUAUGCCUAAAAGAGAACAAAAGCGUUCCAAACUUUCCAACCGAUAUUGAAAAUACGAUCAGAUAAAAGGUUCCAAAUCAGCGCCAAUCCUUCUUUUUGCCGUUUGUUAUACGCACAGCCCAAUAACAUACUAAAAGACAGGACCAGAUUAGGGGGAGUAAAAUUACAAGUCCCAACCAUUGCAUAAUAAUCUGGUAUCAAACAGUCGCCGUACAGUUGCAGUGCAGAAACAAAUGGACCCCCGAUUCCGCUAUGGCACCACAGAGAACACAAUCAGUUUGAUGUUGCCGAAUAACCCUCUCCUUCCAAAGAUUAUCCUUGGUCUGAAUUCAAUUAAGUAGCAGCUGCCACGAGAAUGCACAAGCCUUAGACGGAGCAGCACAUUUCCACAAGUGUUUGAACACAUAUUCCUCAUGAGGCUCACGCAUACUAUUAUUAUUAAACUUUGCAACCAUCAUAAGGUAAGUAGCUUUCACCGAAAAUCCUUCUGUCUCCCCAACCACUGCCAAAAGUUUCCACCUCCACUUUGCUAGGAGACUUAAAUUGAGCUAUUUGCAUAAAGCUCCAACCUUUCUUCUC